AUGUUCGCCGCAGCGUCGAGCCUCUUUGGCAAGUCCUCGACUCUUUCGGCGUACACUCUCAAAUCCGCCGGACCGUCGCCGAACGCAUCGUCGACGAAUGUUGCCGGCCGCGGCUCGCCCGCUCCGGGCGGCCCGGCAGGGAAGACGUUCAAUGUCGGGCUUUGGAAGGUCAUUCCCGCGACGCACAAGACCACUGGUAAGGACGUCAGCGUGUGGGUUCUCGAAAAGCGGGUGCUUGAUGGCCUGCGUGCUGGAGGGCGUGAUUUCGCCAUUGAGCAGCUCAAGAAGGAGGCGACGGCGCUGUCGAGGCUGCGACACCCCGACAUCCUACACAUGGUCGAGCCGCUGGAGGAGACGCGAUCGGAGCUCACUUUUGUCACGGAAACAGUGACUUCGUCGCUUGGCAACCUUCUCGCGGCCGCUAAGAGCGGAAAAGGCGGGCGCGAUGGAGAGGUCGACCUGGACGAGGUGGAGAUUCAGAAGGGCACGCUGCAGAUCGCGAAGGGUCUCGCUUUCAUUCACACCCAGGCGAAGAGCGUGCACCUCAAUCUGAACCCGGACGCAAUCCUUGUCAACGCCAAGGGUGACUGGAAGCUCUCGGGCCUGAACUUCAUCACGCCGCUGCAACGUCCGGACGGCAGUGCGUCCAAGUAUGAGUUCCCCGAGGUCGACCCCCGCAUGCCGCCCCAGGUCCAGUGGAAGUUCGACUAUCUUGGGCUGACGGCAGAUCUCCUGCCGCGACUGUUGACGCGACGGCCUAACGGGCGUAUCUCGUUAUCGUCGCUUACGACGCACCCGUUCUUCUCUUCGCUCGCCAUCUCGACGCUCAACUUCCUCGACCCGACGACAUUCGCUUCCAAGCCGAGAGAGGAGAAGGCGACGUUCUUGCGCGGACUUGUGCGCGUGCUCCCCACGUUCUCUGACCGGCUGAAGAAGGGCAAGAUUCUUUUGUCGUUGCUCGAGGAGAUGAAGGACCCGUAUCUCCUGCCCUUCUUGCUGCCGAACGUGUUCGAGAUUUCGAAGACGCUGAACAAAGAGGAGUUCGCCCAGGUGCUUCCUAAGCUGCAGCCACUGUUCGCCAUGAAGGAUCCUCCACAGAACAUGCUCAGUAAGCUACCUUUAAUUGCUGUGGCUAACCUCAGCUCUGCUCGACAACUUGUCACUGUUCGAGGAAAAAACAAACCCGCAGACGUUCCGCGAAAACGUCAUGCCGCUCAUCUACAACUCGCUGGAAUCAGAGCACCUUCCCGUUCAGGAACGAGUACUGAAAUCGGUCCCGCAUCUGACGGAGGUGCUCGACUAUGGCACAGUUCAGAAUAUCCUGCUGGUCAAGGUUGCUCAAUGGUUUCGACCCUCGACGCGACGACGCUCACCAGCAAGCUCGUGCCGCUGCUCGCUAAGAUCAAGACGAAGGAGCCUGCGGUCACGAUGGCUACGCUUUCGGUGCACGAAGCGAUGGGACAGAAGGUGUCUCUUGACGCUAUCGCGACACUGCUGACUCCAGUGCUGAACACUGAUCAGUUCGCCCGGUUCAUGUCUGUCAUUCAGACGCUUGGUGCUCGGGUAGAGCGAGAGCACUCGCAACAUCUCCGAGAAGUCCGCAAGAUGGAGGAGCAGACGGCGACGAUGAACGUAUCGAACGGCGACAACCCCUUCGACUUCAGCGGGCAGUCGCAAGAGGUCGACUUCGAAACGCUGGUCAAGGGCGGAACACCUUCCGCCAGCACGCCUGCCGCCGCGUCCACUGCCGAUCCGUGGGAUAUGGACAACUGGGGUAACGAUGACUUAAACUCUAUCCCUGGCUUCGGCGCGGCUCCGAAGGUAUCGACACCAACGCUUGGUCGGCCGGCAAUCAGCACUCAGUCGUCGUUCACGCGGAGCACGUCGCCGCCGCAGGGUAAGAGCCCGCGCGCGGGCUCGUCGCGUCUUGGUGCACGACAAGUGUCGUCGUCGUCCUUCAACAGCGCUGCGUUCGAGUCACCGAAGCCGUCUGCAUUCCAAGCUCUGCAGCCUCAGUCCUCCACCCUGGCACCGUUGCAGCCGACGAGCUCGUCGCUGUCUACGCUGUCACCGACGCCGCAACGACCAGCACCCCAACCCGCCCAGCCAGCUUCCGCCUCCAGCGCGCCAAACUACAACAUCUCGCUGCCUCCGAUGAAGCCGAAGAGCCCGCCCGGCUUUGGAGCUCCGUUACAGCCGACACGCGGCAUGUCUCCGAAGCCGUAUCAGCCAAUGCAGUCCAUGCAGCCGAUGCAGGCGCAGCCCGCCGCGUCCGCUGCUCCGCCAGGCUGGAGCAACGGCGUGAUGCAGCCGACGGCUGCGCCGAAGCCGGCAUGGAAUGCGUCCCAGGCUGCAAGCACAGACUGGGGCGACUUCGACCCUCUCAAGUAG